AUGUCUUUACAUAGCUACUUGAAUCAGGCAUAUGGCCCAUCAUCGAAAAAAAAGUCUAAGAAAAGUAACAAGAAAUCGACGACGUCCUCUACCUCAUCUCAAGACAGAAAUGUGUUUAAUGUAACUGAAAGCUCACAUCAGAUUUUGUCCAACAAAAAAGUCUCUAAAGCGUACAGAACAAGUACAGUCAAUGGAAAGGGUAAACUGCUUUGGAAAAACGUGGAUACUAAUGAGCUAGUUGAAAUUCAGGACGAUAAAGCAACGCGGUUGAUACAGACGAAUGACGGUGAGAGCGGGAACCCUAGAAAUGUAACCAGACUCGAAUCACAGGAGACAGUAUUUAGAGACGAGAAAGGACAUAAGUUGACGAGAGAACGAAAUGAGAGAAGGAAUAAGGAGACUUCUGAAGAUUUGAGAGAACAACUGAGGAAGAAGAGGUUACAAGAAAUAAAUAUGGGGGAAGUGCAAUUACAUUGGCUUAAAAAUGGAAAAUCGGAAGAUUCAACUAUGAAGAAAAAAGAAAUGUUAAAAGAAGAAGAUCCUGCUAUGGUUUUUGAUGUAAACGAACAAGAGGAUAACAUACCAACGUCUCUGUUAGGAAGACGACUUUAUGACGGGAAAUUCCCUGAAAAUCGAUUUCAUAUAGUACCAGGCCCUAGAUGGGAUGGUGUAGAUAGAUCCAAUGGCUUUGAAAAGAAGUGGCUUCUUAAGAAGCAAGAACAAGAAAAUGUAAUUACUGAACAAAAAUUUAACGAAGGCGAUCAUGACAGCGAUGAGUAUAUUUGA